AUGAAGAUCACCAGUACCUGGGACUCAGUCACACACUGGCUGGGGACCCGGGCGCUGGCCGUCACGGUUCUUUGGCUGCCAUACCUGCUGCUGAGCACAGAGACAGCCUCCACCAGAAAGAAGUGUGGGAAGCCUCUAGUAACUGGGAAGAUCUACGGUGGCGAAGCUGCUCCUGCACUACGGUGGCCGUGGCAGGUCAGCCUGCUGUACAACAACAGAUACAUCUGUGGGGGCGCCCUCAUCGAUCAUUUCUGGGUGGCCUCAGCGGCACACUGCUUCCAAAUGUCCCGUAACCCAUCUGACUACAAAGUCCUGCUCGGUUACCAUCAGCUGCAAAAGCCCAUGAAGCACAGCCAGCAGAUGACAGUGUAUAAAAUCUUCGUCCACAGCGAUUUUAACAGGACCUACUUUAUGGGGAGCGACAUCGCCCUCUUGCAACUGUCUUUGUCUGUGAAUUUUAAUUCCCACAUCCUCCCCAUCUGCCUCAUGCACCCUGACAACACACUGCCCCCUCAUUUGUCCUGCUGGAUAACUGGCUGGGGGAUGGUCACGGAGGAUGAUUACCUGCCCAAGCCCUACCAUCUGCAGGAGGCAAGGGUGGGCAUCAUUGAUUCCGACAUCUGUAAGUCUUAUUUCCAAAUGCCCACUGCCGGUGGCCUGGAUGUGCCUAAGGACGUGCUGUGUGCUGCGGACCUCUUGACAGGAAAGGCCAUCUGCCGAUCUGCCUUGGAGUGCCGCCUCACCGUGCGGCAGCCCAUCCCCCGCCUCUAG